GUGACUCGUAGGGGGGCGUGGCGUGCGUCGGGGGCGUGGCGUGCGUCGCGGGGGGCGUGGCCAAGGAGGAGGGUGUCAUGGCGGCCCUGCGGGUGAUGGUGGGGGUGAAGCGGGUCAUCGACUACGCCGUCAAGGUGCGGGUGGCGGCGGACGGGGGGGGGGUGCAGACGCAGGGGGUGAAGCACUCGCUGAACCCCUUCUGCGAGAUCGCGCUGGAGGAGGCCGUCAGGCUGCGGGAGAAGGGGGCGGCCGCCGAGGUCAUCGCCGUCAGCGUGGGGACGCGCCAGUGCCAGGAGACGCUGCGCACGGCGCUGGCGGUGGGGGCCGACCGGGCGGUGCUGGUGGAGGUGGGGGAGGGGACGGCGGUGGGGCCGCGGGAGGCGGCGGCGGCGCUGGCCGGGCUCGUGGGGCGGCUGCGGCCCGACCUGGUGCUGCUGGGCAAACAGGCCAUCGACGACGACUGUAACCAGACCGGGCAGCUGCUGGCUGCCAUGUUGGAUUGGCCGCAGGGGACCUUCGCCUCGCGGGUGGAGCCGGAGGCGGGGGCGGUGCGGGUGGAGCGGGAGGUGGACGGGGGCCUGGAGACGCUGCGCCUGCGGCUGCCGGCCGUGCUGACGGCCGACCUGCGCCUCAACGAGCCCCGCUACGCCACCCUGCCCAACAUCAUGAAAGCCAAGAAGAAGCCGCUGGAGGUGGUGGCGGGGGGGGAGCUGGGGGUCCCCCCCACUUCCCCCCCCCGCCUGCGGGUGCUGCGCCUGGCCGAGCCCCCCCCCCGGCAGGGGGGGCAGCGGGUGGACGACGUCAGCGCCUUGGUGGCCCGUCUGAGGGACAGCGGGUGCAUCUAGGGACACCCCCCCCCCCCCCAAAUCCACCCUGGGGGGGGGGGAACACUGACAUUGGAGUCACGUGUGUCCCCCCCCCAUCCCCAAAAGGGACCCGGGCGCACCCCCCCCCCCCCCCCCCAGUGCCUUCCAGCCUGGCCCAGUGGCCCCCCCCCAGUGCCUUUCUCCCCCCAAAAAAAUAAAGUGUGGCUACUCGA